CAAAAAAUCUCUCUCUCUCUCUCAAAUUCAGAGUCAGUUGUUCCUUCCUCGGAACUCUAAUUUCUGCAAUUCCAAAAGUAGAGUGAAAGCAUUUGGAUGGGGGUAAGCAACAACAUCACAGCAGUGCUGAACUUCAUAGCCAUAUUGGCCUCAAUACCCAUCAUCGCCUCUGGAAUUUGGCUAGCAUCGAAGCCAGCCAACGAAUGCAUCAACAACUUCCGCUGGAUCGUUGUGAUCCUUGGCAUCCUUAUCCUCCUCGUUUCUCUAGCUGGCUUCUUCGGUGCUUACCGGAACAAACAGGUUCUCUUGGCCCUUUACCUUUGCUUCAUGGCAAUUCUCAUCGUUCUCCUCCUUAUUCUCCUCGUCUUCGCAUUCGUCGUCACCAGACCCGAUGGAACCUACGGUGUUCCCGAAAGAGGGUACAAGGAGUACAGGUUGGACGGGUUCUCCGCAUGGUUGAGGAACCACGUCACCAGUUCUGGAAGUUGGAACAAGAUUAGGGCCUGUUUGGCUGAUUCUGAUAUCUGCACUGAGCUCGCCCAGAAUUACAUCACUUCCGAUCAGUUCUUCAACUCUAAUAUCUCUCCCUUACAGUCAGGAUGUUGCAAACCACCGACUGCUUGCGGGUACAAUUACGUGAGCCCCAUAGUGUGGACAAACCCAGUGAAUCCAAUGGCUGAUCCAGAUUGCAACUUGUGGAACAAUGACCAGAACCAGCUAUGCUACAAUUGCAAUGCCUGCAAGGGUGGUCUAUUGGGGAGCCUCAGAAAAGAAUGGAGGAGAGCAAAUAUCAUUCUCAUUGUGGCUGUUGUUGUCCUUAUAUGGGUCUAUCUCAUUGCUUGUAGUGCCUUCAAGAAUGCCCAAACAGAAGAUCUCUUCCGCCGUUACAAACAGGGUUGGGUUUGAUGAUCCUCUUUCCUCCCAACACCUACCAUGCAUGUUUUUAACAUUACUCUUUCUUUAUCGUCCCUGUAACUCCCUAAUAAGAGUCUCUGUCUUUAGUAUGUAUGUAUAUAUAUAUAUAUUUUUUUUCCUUUUAGUUCUUUCUUUUUGGCGCAUGGAGAGCCAAAAGGUAAAACAAGUUAUAAAUGACUCUCGUUGCUCAGUGAAAACAGAGAAUAGAAUAUUCCUAAUAAUUACCUU